AUGUUGCUCGGAAUAUACAAAAUAUAUUUCUUAUUCAUUUUGAAUAUUUCUUUUCAAGUGGAGUUAGCUAAUUCUGUUAUUGUUGAAACAGAAAAUGGCAAAAUACGUGGGAAGAUAGGUGAGAAUUAUAUUUCGUUCUUGUCAGUACCAUUUGCAGAACCACCUGUAGGCGAAUAUCGUUUUGAACCUCCAUUAUCUAUAAAAAAAAACUGGAGUGAUAUUCUUGAUUGUACACAAAUGCCAAAUGAAUGUUUACAAUGGAAUCAUUUUAUUUUACAUGGAGAUCGCCUUUUGGGCAACGAAGACUGUUUAUAUUUGAAUAUAUUUAUGCCAAAACUGAACUCUACUGAAUUAUUUCCCGUUGUUAUUUUUAUACAUGGUGGUGCUUUUCAAUAUGGGACAGGAAAUGUUUUUCGGCCAGAUUUACUUAUGCAAAAUCCAAAUGUUGUUGUAGUCACAAUAUCAUACAGAUUGGGACCUCUUGGAUUUCUAAAAUCUGAUAAAAAUAAUAUUUCUGCAAAUUUAGGUUUAAAAGAUCAACGUCUUGCUUUACAAUGGAUUAAAAGAAAUAUAAAAAAUUUCAGAGGAAAUCCAGAACAAAUUGUUUUGACCGGUUUUUCUGCAGGCGGUGCUAGUGUCCAUAUGCAUCUUUUAAAAGAAGAUAUUCAAAAUUUAAUAACAUCUGCUGUUUCAUUUAGUGGUACAGUAUUUUGUCCAUGGGUCCUAGUAAAUGAUGCAGAAGAGAAAACUGAAUUAUUGGCAUCCAUGUUAAAUUGUACAUCUGAAAACACUAAUUCAUUAAAAACUUGUUUAAAAGCCCAACCAGCCGAAAAUAUUGUUAGAGCUAUUGGUAAACUUCAAUUUGCACAUUAUUAUCCAUUUAGAAUUUUUGGGCCAGUAAUUGAAACGAAUUCGAUUGACGAUUCAUUUUUAAACCAAGAACCUGAGAAUAUUAUUAAACAUUCCAAUAUUGCGAACAUUCCAUGGUUAAUUGCAUACACAUCAGAGGAUGGAGGAUAUAACGCAGCCGAGCUAAUGAAAAAAUCUGAUAAAGGAGAAUACAUUGAUGAAUUUUGGGAAAAAUUUGAUGAUUUGGCUCCGAAAGCUUUAUUUUAUGAAGAAAAAUUAUCACAAUUGGAAGCUAAAAAAUAUUCUGAACUUUUGAAACAAAAAUAUAAAAUUUAUGAGAACGACACAAAUUUGGAAAAAUAUUUUAAAAUUCAGAAAAUAUUUACUGAUGAACUAUUUGCAAAAGGCUCUCUGAAAGCUAUUAAACUACAUAAAGACUUUACAAAAUCACAUAUUUCUGCUUACAUAUAUGAGAAUCCUUCACCAAAAGGAAUUGGAAAUCUAAUUUCCGAAAGAGAUGAUAUUGAUUUCGGUUGCACACAUGGCGACGAUGUUUUUUUAAUGUUUAACGUUCCUCAUAGAGACAGCGGUGUGCCAUUUCGAGAUGAUGAAAUUGAAAUUUCAAAUAAAUUUCUUUCAAUGUUAAAAGAAUUUGCCAAAACUGGAUUAGUUAAUUUUGGAGAUGUACCUUUACCGGAGAACAAAAAGGAUAAGAGUAUACAAAUUUUACACAUAACAAAAAACAAACCGGUAAUAAUGGAGUUUGAUGACAUCUUAUAA